AAUAGAGGUCACUUUUACCCAUACACAUUUACACUAACCUCAGCUGAUUGUUAAUGAAAAUAAGAACCCAGAAUUAUUCUCUGCCUUUUUGGCAAUUGUCUCCUCCCCCAGUAAUGUUUAGCUGUACUUAUAGAAUAUUACAAAGGGGUCCCCAGUCUUUCUGGGCCAAUGGACACAUUUGUAAUUUUAAGGUAGCACUGGGGAGCAGCAACAUGUCAAACACCCAGUUUUUAAAAAAAUAGUUUUAAUUUUUAAAAAUCUUAAAAUCAGGAAGGGCUGGAAGCCUAAAGGGUCCCAUACUCACAGACCCCAAAUCUGAGAUCAGUCCUGCACCUUGAGAGCUGCUGGCAGGGGAAGGAAGGCUCAGUUUUUAAUUGGCCUUGGUUUGCCCAGUGGGUGCUGCUAAAUAUUAUGGCUUCCCCUGGAAGAAUGUUAAUGUGUUGCCAAUCACUGGAGUGAAGGUAAAGUGUCCCCUAGCACUUCAGUGGAUGCUUUGCUUCUCCAUAUGAAAUCUGUGGGACUCGAAUCUGCUCGGAUUUGUGCUCCUAUAUUUGGAGUGAUAUUUCAGCUUCUAGCUUUUCCAAGAAGGAAAAUAACUGCAAUGUCCUGCUUCCGCUUCAUUCCAUAAGAUAAUUUUUAUUUGGUUGAAGAAGAGCAACUGUUGCACUGUAUUGAGACCUGUUGCUGCUAAAAGAAAAAAGAAAAGAAAAACACCUUGGAUAAGAAUGGAAGGCUGUUAAAGACAGAAAAAGAGUUAUUACUGCCUUUUGAGACUCCACCUGCUUAUGUCACUGUCAAUCAGACUGUUAGUUCUCUCCAGAGCUCUAUAAAUGGAGUGAUCCAUUUCAUUGUAGGUUACUAAGCAGCUAAGCAGCGGGAAGACAAAGCCAAAAAGUACUGGUAUGCUUUAUUUUUUAAUUGUAUGAUCACAUUUGUGCAUGUAUAGUGUUUGAAAGUUAUUUUCAGUUUUCUUUCUAAAAGAUGUAAUUCACUUUGAGAAUGAUUAUACUUAUUUUGGAGGAAUAAAACUAGGAACUCCUUUAGGGCUGUUUUAUUUACAAAUUAACUCUACCAUAGAUACAGCCUCUGUGACUUAAGAUUUUUUGAAAAGGGUUAAAGGGAUUCUUGUGCUUAUUUAUGUAAUUAAUUAAAGUUUGUUCUUAUCCUUUAAGUAGAGUGACUUCAGAUUUGUACUUCUUGCCAGAAUGUCUAAAAUGUGGAAGCUGCUGGUCUUGGUUCAAUGCACUGCACUGAUUUUAAGAGGUUUGGGGCAGGGAAUUCCAUUAAGCCCUGAAGAGACAUGGAAACCUCUGGACAACCCCAGAAACAGAGAACUGUUUUUCAGAACCCUCAACGCUUAUUUGUCUGGGAGAGGGCUUGAUCUCAGAAAGUUUUCCAAUACUUUCUUAAUGAACAAUGAUAAAUCAAGGCCAAUCACUUUCUACUCAGAUCCUGUCAGUUCUGCAUUUGCAGAUUAUGAAGAGAAGAAAAACUCUUUUAUGAAGUAUCUGAAAGGCUGAAAAAUGCUGAUCAAGGUAAGCAAGAGACAUGCUCAUCCUGACUCACCUUCCCACAUUUUAGGCCAUUAAGCAUAAUAAAAUUCACUAAUUUCCAAUUUUAUGCUAGAUUAAUUUGCCUAGGUGGCACAAUUAAAUAACUCCUCAAUAAAACAGUUUGCAAACAAAGACUAGAACCUUAAUAUACUAGGGCAAAAAUAGUUGGUUAAAUAAUUGAUGUUUGCUAUUACUAAUAAGUAGGUGAAACUUCCCCUUUGUUUUAUUUGAAAUAAGCUGCUUAAUCUGAAAGCUAUUCACCAGAUGCAAUAAAUUAAGUCAUUUUAGAACCUGAAAGAUUUUAAAUCUUUACUGCUCCUCUAAUGAUAUCAUUCAGAGCAUGUCAUCGACUCCUUUCUUUUCUCAAACUUGCUGCCUCUCAGCUCAGAAACAGGUAAGGUUUCAAGGAACCUUGGUAGAGGGUCUGUGGAUUUGUGUCCCAAGAUCAGGGGCCCCCAACGUGGCUCCUGUGAGGAAUUGUAGUGGUACCCACAAACCUUUACACUCCCUGCCUGCUUAAAAAAAACAAUGUCGGACAGUGUUGGGAUAGGAUUUUUUUUUCUUUCUUGCCUUUCUCUUUCUUUCCAGCAUACCUUUUGCUCUACUAUUACCCCCUUCUUCCUCUAGCCUCAUUAUUUCUUCCCCAUCCCCUGCUUCUUCCUCUGAAACUGGACAGUCAUCUGAGUGGGAUGGUAUACAUUGGUGACCUGCAAGAGCAGCAGGUUGGACCUGAUGGCCUUCUUGGCCCUUCCAAUUCUAGUAUUCUAUGAUUCUUUGAUAAGAAGCUAACUCAACCGAAACAAAUUUGUUUAAAUUGUUUUUUUAUUUAUACUAGAGUAGAUGCAGACCUUAAAAGUCCCAUUGACGCCCAUGAAAUGGCCCUGAACUGGUUCAGGCCUCCUGUUACUAGUCUAGGGUAAAAAUGGGGAAAACCCAUGGUUGCCAAACACUAGUUAUGUUUUGGCCCUGUUAUAUACAUGCAAGUGCCAUGGUAACUUCAAACAGAACGUAUCAUAAUAGCAAAUUUUUAGUUCUUGGUUCCAUAGUAGGACCUCCACAUGCCCUACUUUACAAAGGACAGUCUUCUGUUUGUGGAGCAGUGUAAUCCAAAUCCAGGUUAAAGAUUAAAAAACACCCACAAACGGGUAAAAAAGAAGGGAGAGCAGAGGCCUUGAAGUUGCCCAUAAACAGCUAGUUGACUGAGUAGGUCCACAAUUCAACUGGUGAGAGUCACUCAUUUUCUAUUUAAAUUAUAGUAUCUGUUUAUAAAUGUGU